ACAAAAAACACAAUUUAGAAUUUAUUAGUUAAAAAAAAAGUGCCAUUUAUUCGACAAUUAAUAUGAAGCUAAUUCUGUUGGCAGUACUAUACAUUAAUACGCAACACAUAUCCGCAGCGUUUUUAGCUAAGGAGCGAUGCGUCCAAGCCUUAGGGAAACUCUCGACUAUAACGGACAACGAAUUGACAAAUUCCCGAGAAGAACUCCGACAUUCUUUAAGCGAACUUUACAGAAAUGUCGCUAUGUCGGAACUCGAAAAACCAACGAAUUUCAAACGUAAACUGGAGCCACUUCACAUUCAAUUUCAACAGUUAAAAAAACAGUCAAGAAGAGAAGGACAUUACCAUUGUAUUUGUAAGAAAUAUUCAAAAAAAUUCUCGGAAAUUCCUCAGACGCUCAGCAACGAAUGUGCCAUGAAGUAUAUGGUCGAAGGCGAAACCCAUAUACAAAAGGAGAUCGGAAAACUUGAAAUAUUCAAGAAGGAUGUCAUACUUUUGGAAAAUUAUAUGAAGGAAUGUGAUCGGAAGUUCUUUUUAUAUGUGCGCAGUUGUUAUAAUAAUCUGCUUACAAGAAUCGUUCAUGCACAAACCUAUAUUCCAAAACGUAUUAAAUCUGCUGUUGAUUUAACUAAGGAGGAUAUUUCUGGAAAUGACAUAAAAUUAAAGGCAUGUUAUAGUGAACAGUUGCAACAAGCGUUUGAAUUAGGCCAAUCAUAUAUUAAUCAAUUUUCUAAAGAUUGCUUUAUUUAG